CUUAUCCAACGCACCCAUUCCAUUCCGUCCGUCCAUCCGCCAUGGCGACCGCCACGCUGCUGAGCUCCACCUUCGCCAUGCCCGCCGCCGCCCGGAGGGCCUUCUCCUCUUCGUCGACCUCCCUGGGCUUCGCCACGUCGCAGCUUGCCGGCCUCUCCCUCUCCGCCGCCGCGCCCACUUCAACCGCCGUCGUCCCCCUCCUCAAGAGGCCGCUCCAGCCCAUCGUCGCGCGCCGGGUGUGCCCCUUCACUGACAAGAAGACGAACCGCGCGAACAAGGUGUCCUUCUCCAACCACAAGACGAAGAAGCAGCAGUUCGUGAACCUGCAGUACAAGAAGCUGUGGUGGGAGGCCGGCAAGCGCUUCGUUAAGCUGCGCCUCUCCACCAAGGCUCUCAAGACCAUCGAGAAGCACGGCCUGGACGCCGUCGCGCGCAAGGCCGGCAUCGACCUCAACAAGAAGUGAGCCGAGCUUGAGGAGUCAAGCCGGUGGUGGCGGUAUGUUCAGGCCGAGCAAUCGCGCGAACAGAUGCCACUAGCUUAGCCUUCAUGGGUCCGUCUCGUCUGUCUCAAUGUCUGCUGCUGCUGCUGCUGUUCAUUCAGUCAUACAUACAGUAUUUUUCCUCUCCUCCCUAAUUUGAUUUGCAUCCAACCAAUGUAGGCAGAUCGAGGUUGCAUAUAUUUUUAUUCUAUAGAAAGAGUUGAGAUUUGUUCCUCUUGAUCAAUCUGCCCCCACUUCAUAAUUA